AUAUCGUUGCCUAUUGAGCAUACUCAUGGCAAUACUGCAGCAGGGCACAGCGAUUGUGGGCGCUGGACGGGAUUUGGUGCUGACCCCGAAGCAAUCGCUGCAGCUGAGCGGCAAACGCAUCUACUAUGGGGAGCAGGCACAUGGGCAUGGUCAGGGGCAUAGUCAGGGGCAGGAGCAGGAGCAGCAGCAGACAGCACGUCCCUGGGAGCGCACACUGAAGCAUGUAACAUAUGUGACGCUCUUCACGGAUGCAGCGCUCGGCGCCGCUGCCGGCAAUCUCAGUCAGCUGCACGAUUAUCACGAUUUUCUGCAGACACCAUACCAGCUGCCAGCAGAGCGAGCAACGCCCGCCGCCUCCAGUCGUUUUGGGGAUAUUGUCAACGUGGCCAGCGGACGACUGGAGCAGCUAAUGAGCAAUGGCAGCUAUCGGUUUGUCGAGGGAAAUGCGCCAACUCCACGUAACGUUGAGUUGCGUGCUCUGUGGCACGUGCAACGGAUACGGCAUCGUGUGGAUGUCGCCGAUCCACGUUAUGGUCAGCGCUACCACUACGAGCUGAAGUUUAGUGUGACGCCAAGCAUCAUUGGCUAUCCAGCGCAGAGCUUCAUCCAGCGGGAGUCCGACUAUCCGCAGAGCUUUGCCAGCCCCAACUACAGGGAGCAGCAGGAGCAGGCGUUCCGGGCACAACGACGCCAGGAUCGACAGCCGCAGGCGACAUUUGUGCGUGGCAUUUUUCAAGCACCACCCAAUCUCAAUAUCGGUGAGUAUGUGCAGACCAAGCCAGAUGGUUCACACUUGCCGGGCCUGGCAUUCAAUUUGGGGCUGCGUCCCAAUUUUAUACCGGCGACAACAUAUCGACCCAGUUAUCCGGCUAUGCUCAAAUUUGGUCCACGACCAAACCAACACCACCAAAAUCCACUCGAGCCUUAUCCGUUGACCCAAGAUGCUGCUGUCGUUGCUGCAGCUGCUGCUGCUACUGGCGAUGCUGGUGAACUGGUUGGCCAGCGUCCAGUUACGCAUCAUUUCCAUCAUCAUUUCUAUAUGUCGCCUGCUGGACUGGCACAAGAUCUGACCUAUCGUCCCUCCACAUAUGCCAACGAACUGAGCAGCAAUCCAGUGCCAGCAGCCACAGAAAUAUCACCAGCAGUUCAGCUGCAUCAGCAUCGUUAUCAACAGCAACAGCAACAGCAGCAACAACAACUGGAACAACAUGGCGAGGUGCAGUUUCCCACAAAUCGCGAGCCAGCUGAGCAGUCGACGGAGUCUUUGGAGACGAGCGAACUGGCGGAGGUUCAACAGCAGCAAGAGGAACAGCAUCCGCUGCUCAGCGGAUUUGAGCAGUCGCCCAAGUAUCAUAGUACCAAGCUGACACCGCUGCUAAUCUAUGCGAGCGGCUCGGCACAGGAUGUGGCACAGGAUGCGCCAAAGUCAUUUGUGCAGAGCGAACCGCUGGAGGAGACCAUCUAUCGCUAUUCGGAACCGGAUCCGCUCUAUGUGAAUCAGCAUCCAUUGGAUGUGCUGCAGCUGGAGACGGUGGAUCAGAGGCAACAGCAGCAGCAUCAGGAGGAGCAGCAGGAGGAGCAGCAGGAGGAGGGGCAGGAGGAUGAGCGACAACAAACGACUUUGACUGGGGAGCAUGAAAUAGAUAAAGUGCAGCCAGAGGACGACUUGGAAACGGAGUCAGCUGGCAGUCAAAAGCAACACAAAUUGGCGCCAACAACAACAACAGCAGCAACAGCAACAGCAGCAACUACAGUGGGCACUUCCACGUUGGAACCCACAACAAGCACAAGUUUAAGCGCCAGUUUUGUGUCCACCUCGACGAAUUUGCCACCGUUGCGCGCUUUGAGUCGCUAUCGGACAACGAACCGCAAAUCGACGACGACAACAACAACAACAGCACCAUUGCCAGCGAUCAGCAAAUGGAGGCAGCGACGCAAGGAGAACAUCAGCAGCAGCCUCAGCAACGGCAGCAGCAGCAAUGUGGAUAGCAAGCCAAAAAGCAGUCAUCGUCAUGAGGCCAAGGUGGCUACAACAACACCAGCAGCAACAACAACAGCAACAACAACAACAACAACAACAGCAGCAGCAGCAGCAACAACAACAAACUCAGCUGCUUUGCUGCCCUUGGGUGAAAUUAUAGAAGUGCUCACCCAGAAAUCGGUAAGCAAAUCUGUUAGCAUUAAGGUGGGCCCCAAUGGCGAGGAGAUACCCAUCAUUAUCGAUGACGAUGACGAUAACGAAAACGAUAAUCAUCAUAAGAACGAAGUUAAGCACAGUUAAGCACAAAUCCAUUGACUAAAUAUUAAGCGCAUCAACAUUAAAGGGUAUUAUGUACAUAACAACAAAAAAAGGGACAACUUUUCCA